AUGACAGCGACCUGCGCCAUCCACAGCUCCCUGCAACUGUUUGCCAGGCUGCUUGGCGAAUGGGAGGGAGAGGGCUCAAUGAGCCUCUACACUCAAACCACCUACCCCUGCUCCGAGAACAUCUCGAUUGGCCACGUGGGACAACCGUCAUUCUGGUACAGUUCACGAGCCUACUCCGGAGGCGCAUUCCGACACCGUGACAUGGGUUUCAUGUUCUUCAACCAGGAAGCAGGUCAGAUGGAGCUCAUGGCCAGCGACAACACAGGUCACGUGCACAUACUGAAGGGACCGGCGAGGAAUGAGCACGGAAGGAUACACAUCGUGCUGGAAACAGAGCUCACAGAAGGCCAUCCGCUUCCGAAGAAGCCGAAAAUGCUUCGAGUAAGACUGUGGAGGCGAAACCGGUGA